AUGGACCCUUUGAAAGCGCUAGGCCGUAUGGGAUAUCUUGGCGGUUUUCUUAAUAAUUUUGACGGAGGCGUUGAGCUUUUGGAUGAUCUCGAUGACCACUGGACGGCCAAGGACCACAAGGUCGAAAGAAAUUGGUUCAUCGAGAAACUGCAACAUCUUGCAGCAGAGAAAUCAGUUCGUGUCACAAUUCUCGGGGGGGAUGUCCAUCUUGCUGGGAUUGGCCAAUUUUAUUCAAACCAGCGAUUAAGCAUCCUUCGUGAAAACGAUCAUCGAUACAUGCCAAACAUCAUUUCCUCGGCAAUUGUAAACACCCCACCCCCAAACGCUAUGGCCGAUGUGCUCAACAAGAGAAAUAAAAUUCAUCACUUGAAUAACCAUACGGACGAGGACAUGUACCCAAUCUUCGACACUGAUGUCGACGGGAAACCCCGAAAUAACAAACGACUCCUACCAAGGAGAAAUUACGCCGUGAUCAGAGAGUACGUUGAAGAUGGCAGUGUUUCCGAUGAAACGAAGCCCACCAAACGUUCAACCUUUUCCAAACUUAGAAAGAACACAUUCAAAAAAUCCCAAAAGACUGACCCAGACGUCAACGUUAAUCUUGUUGGGUUAAAUCGGGAGAAUGGUGAUAGAGGCUCGAAGGAGAUUAUGGAAACUAAGACAGAUGCCUUAGAUGUCAUUUUGAGGAUGGAGAUAAAUCAAAAGGAUCCGUCUGGACAUACAAAGCCUUACAGGUUAAUCGUGCCUAUCCUUAAGCACGAAAAGCCGUUUACCGAUUCUGGUGUUCAGAGCGAUGGUAAUGGUGGCUGGAUUUGA